AACCAAUCACGUUUUAGUGUGAGUCUGUGUGGCGUCAGCCGCGAACUGCAAACUUCCUACUGUUCUCGCUGAUCACAUAUACUUUUCUUUCACUGGAUUAAAUCGACAGUAACACGCAUAUUUUCAUAACAUUUAAGGCAGUAUGAACACAGAGCAGCCCGCUGAAACCCACUGUAGUGCAAAUAGUUGUUCAGUUUCAACGCCGGACGGGAGCGACGCGAAGAAGGGAGCACUGAAAAGAACACCAUUCUCAAAGUUUAAGAAAGUACACUCCAAUUUCAAAUCACCUAUUCAAGUAACCGAGAGUGCUAAAGUUUGUCCUGCAGAGGAGGUGGCAGAGCUAGAGAGGAGAAGAGAUCAGCUGGACACAGAGAUAGCACAGCUGGAGUCCGAGGGAUACAGAGUAGAGGAGCUGGAACAUCAUAUUGAUAUGCUUCAUGAAUACAACGACAUCAAAGACAUUGGACAAUCACUCCUGGGUCGUAUUGCUGCUCUGAGGGGGACCACCACACGGGAACUCUACAGCCACUUUGGUCUGGAACUGGAUGACUGAAAAAGACCUAGGGGAAAGGGGAAUCAAGAUGAAAAGACCAAAGAACUUUUGACAGGAGAAUGGACUUGAACUAAAGAUGUGACAAUAGGAACUGUGCUGACCUGAACUUCCUCCUUCAGACAGAAGUUUGGCCAUUUUGUUUCUAUUUCUGUUUUCAGCUCUUUACAGAGAGAGAUUGGGUUAACAGCAGAGGGCAUGAGAUAAGAUGAGAAACAUGUUAGUUCAGCAGGCAGACCUGAUAUUUAAGAGAGACCAUCUACUUUAAACUAUUAACUUAAGUAUGUGGCAGAAAAUAAAUGUGUAUUAAAUGACUUUUCUCCAGCCAUUUGCCUACCUUGGUUGUGCAAGAAUAUAAAUGCUAUUAAGACACAA